CAGAAGAGCAGCCUCUCCUCGAUCAACGUGCAGACGGACCUGUCCUAUGCCUCACCUGACUUGACACCUUCUGCUCAGUGGCUCAGCCCAGAUUCCUUUGUGUCAUCGUGUUCUCAAACGGACCUGUCGUCGUUUGAUUCUCAAGUGUCCCUUCCCAUUAGUGUCCACACCCAGACGCUGGUGCCCAGCUCAAAGGUCACUUCAUCCAUAGCUGCUCAGACAGAUGCGCUUAUUCAUGCCUGUUUCCAGCCAGGUGAGAUCUCCAGGGAAACCCAAACCAGCAGGAUGAGAGACCCCACCCAUGACCCUGUGCAGGUGGACCACGCUGGCCUGUGUGGGGACAUCUUUGAAAGUGUCCACUCAUCAUACAGUGUCCCCGCGGACAACAUCUUGAGUAGCAGUUUAGUUUCAGAGACUGUCACUCAUGGUCUGUUCCCUCAGAACGACCCUAAGAUACUAAGCCCAGUCAUUGAAAAGUCUGCGCCUUUGUUACGCUUCAGUGCUCAGAACAGCAUGCUUCCCUCACAGAACAUGACUGAUAAUCAGACCCAAACCAUAGAAAACAUCCUGUCAAGCAACCUGCCUGGCCAAGCACUGGAUAACCAGAGUCUUCUGUCCUACACGAACCCCGGGCCUGACACCCAGCUCCCAGCAGGCUCAGCCCAGAAUUCUGGGAUUGAUUUCGAUCUUGAAGAGUUCCUCUCGGCCUCAAAUAUCCAGACUCAGACGGAGGAGAGUGAGCUCACCAGCGUGAGCACUGAGCCUGCCCUGGAGUCCCUGGACAUCGAAACUCAGACCAACUUCUUCCUCACAGACCCGUCCGCACAGCCCUAGGGCUUCAGGGCAAGUUCAAGCUUUCUGGGCCUGGAGAUGUUUGACACACAGAGGCAGACAGACUUAAGCUUCUUCUUGGACAGUAGUCCUCACCUGCCCCUGGGCAGCAUCCUGAAACACUCCAGCUUCUCUAUGAGCACUGACUCCUCUGACACAGAGACCCAGACAGAAGGCGCCUCCCCGGCUCGACACACACCCAUGCUGGAGAGCAAGGCCCAGCUGAACAGCACAGAAACACAGACCCUGAGUUCUGGCUUCGAGCCCCUGGGGAACUUGUUCUUCACCAGCAACGAAACUCAGACAGCAAUGGGUGACUUCCUUCUAGCCGAUUUGGCCUGGAACACAAUGGAGUCCCAGUUCAGCUCUGUGGAGACGCAGACCAGAGCUGCAUGCCCACGCUGUCUCCAGUUUCUGAACGGGCGGCAAGGCUCCCCUCCCCUUGUGGUUUAGGACACGGCAGAAGGACAGCCGUACCAACUGGGAAUGGAGUUGGUGGGGCAGCAGCUGUUGAGAUUCUCUGCAGUUCUUGGCGUUUGUACUUGUGAACACAAGAUGUGUACAAAUGUGAGUGUAUUAUAAAGUGUAAGGUGUUUAUCUGAAACAACAAAAAAAGACAA